AGAAAGACCGGAAGUGUUUUAUGUAGCGCGGAACAAGGAGUAAAUUGAAAAGUAGCUAGUUCGCUCUACGUGUAAAUUAACGUGCGUAUCAUAAUUAGUUUAUAUUAUAUAUUCUGUAACAGUAGCGAGGUAAAAGGCACAGCUUACGGAACACUGUGUGGUUGUUGACAUUACUCUCAGAAAGGUUUCACGAUGAUUUUAGCUAGCUACAACGAGCUAACAGCUAACUAGCUAAACCUCAACGUUAACAUUACACAGGAAACUCAAGCCGUAGUCAAGCUAAUGUUACGUGAAGUUUACUAAUGUAUGAGUCACAAAAUAUCGUAUAUGAACAGACGUUUUCUUGUCCAUUAAUAUUUAAGCUAUGGAUAAGUCCACAGUGUUAAACACAGCAAGUAGAGAGGACGUAGGUAAUUGUUAUAUCUGUCUGAGCCCAUUUGAAAAUCAAACAGUUGGCUCUCUGCAGAGCUGCCAGCAUGUCUUCUGCCUUCAGUGUAUUCUCCAGUGGUCCCAGACAGCCAACACUUGCCCAGUGGAUCGGAUCAGUUUUGCUUUCAUCCACCAGAGACGGUGUCCUGGAGGGGACAUUCAAAAGAAGAUCAAAGUGAGGACGAAGAUAAGGGAUAAUGAUGACGACGAUGAAGAGGGGGGGAGCAACACUGUUAUCUGUGAGGAAUGUGGACGCAGUGACCGCAGGCACCGGCUGCUAGUGUGCAUACACUGUGACUCAGGGUAUCAUAUGGACUGCUUGACACCACCAUUAAACUCGGGCCAUGAAGGUGACUGGAUUUGUACCGAGUGUGCCAUCAGUCCUCAGCAUACAGAUGGCUCCAUGGUGGAAGAGGAGAUCAGUGAUGGAGAACUAACGGACCUUCUAGCUGAAGUAGAAGAUGAAACUCCAACUACCAGCAGUCGCCUUCGGCCGUCCACCAUGAAUCGUCCUCGCACUGAACGACGACACAGUCAGAGGAUCCAGAGUAGAGCCAGCGACACGCCUGAUCCUCGCCCGCAGACCUCCUGGCAUGUACCUAAAUACCUGUUACGGGCAUCAAAGCCUGAAGUCACAACAGAUGAAGGAGCUGCUCGUCAUCACAGUGACACCAGCAGUGCUUCAGUUGAGUUAAAGACCAGAAAAAGAAGGAAGCGUGCAGCUUGAGCUCCUGACACCAAAAACAGUCUACACUGGAAGAUGGUGUGUAUUGUCAUUUCAGAAAUGACCACAUGAUGGCAGCAUUGUUUCAGCAGCUACAUGUUGAGUUACAGCCAUAAACAUUAUGAAGGUACUCUAGACUCACAAAGAUCGAGACCCUGUUCAAGGAGAGAAGUCAUGCAUUCAUGUGGAAUGAGCUUCGAGGUACAUCCUCACCUGCCCCUCUAACCUGGGCACAAGUCUGCACGCAGGUGUGAAAGUGAAGCUGCCCAACACAAGCAAAUACUCCGAGUUUAAGGAGGUUCUGAAGAAGCUGAGUCGUGGUUCCUUUCUAUGGUUGUUACUGUAUUGUUUCAUUUCCUGUUUAAGUCAUUUUCGGUCUGUCAUUGAGACUGAUAAGAGGCAGAUAAAGCCCUAAUGCUACAAAGCAGGAGGUUAUACCCACAUAAAAAUUAAGCGUUGAAGUGAGUAAGGCUCUUAAGCGGACUCUUUUAAAAAAGUAAUUGAAUGCAAUGGUAGGCGGUGGUAUUUAUAUGUAUCUGUAUAGUUCAGUUUUUGUCUUUAACUUUUGUAAAAGAUCAGGCUGACAUUAUACUAUUCUUUUCUUACUGUCAAUAAAUCCAAUGAAAAGACUAAAGCUAACAAUGCUUUACUCCGUCUGUCAGUAGUCUUACCCUGUCUGUGGCGCUCAUCCCCUGGAUGGUUAAAUGUAGUAGUAAUACACAUUUAAAGCACUAGGAUGGUGUAUGAAAGGUUGACCCAAAACUAAACUACAGUGUGUGCAAUUGGUAAAUGGAGGAACCCAGUAUCACGUUGUCCAGUUCAAUAUAAGCAGCUAAUUUCCUUCUUAAGUGGCUUAAAGGGACAGUCCACCCCACAAUCAAAAAUGCAGGUUUUUCCUCUUACCUGUAGUGCUCUUUUAUCAGUCCAGAUUGUUUUGGUGUGUGAUGCUGAGAGUUGGAGAUAUCAGCCGUAGAGAUGUCUGCCUCCUUCCAAAUAUAUUGUAACUAGGUUGUGGGGGGAAAAAAAAAAACAUUCAGCAGCAAUGUCUCUUUCCAGAAAUCAUGACCUGGUUACUCAAGAUAAUCCACAGACUUUAGCUGUGUUCGAAAUCGCUCCCUAUCACGGAUAUAGUGCACUAUAUAGUGAGUUCGCCAUUUUAUAGUGUUGUUCGAAUUUUUCACUGAUAAUUUCAUUCACUAUAUAGUGGACUAUAAAAUACCCACAAUGCACAGCAAAUGUGAGUGAACAAACGAUGUACCCUACAUUUUACUCCCAUAUACCACAAUGCAAUGCGGUCGUCUUUUGCCAGAGGAGAAGAAGAGCUAGCAUGUUAGCUUAGAUUUUUUUAGGCUAAUUACCAGUUGACGUUGGCAAAUCAACAAAAGGCGCCUUAAACACCUAAGAUAGGUUUGCCUUUGCCUCCAUCUUUGCCUGAGGAGCAGGACUUGGGUCAGCAGCAUCCAAACAAUCACCGGAAUCAUUAUUUUAAUACACAGAAAGAAAAGAAACGAAUAGGAUGCUAGCCGGUAACGUUAGCUCACGAGCUAACAGUAGCCACUUAGCUCGCACGAGCCAGGUAGCUUGUAGCUUGUGCACUGUCGUGGGCUAUUACAGCUCACAAUGCAGACACACAACCGUAGCUGACAAAACCGUCCACACCAUUGACAUUUCAACAAUUUAUUGACAAAAAGUACAACCACCAUACAGUUCGAUCAUCCUCAAAGCGCCUGGUUUGUUUACAUGAUGCUCGGCGUGUCCACUUGCGUCACAGGAGUAUGCAGCGCAGCUACUGACGCAACAAUGUUCAGAAAAUUUCAGUUAGUGUCUGAAAUCUUGUUCAGUCGUUCCCCAUGUAGAGCACUAUAUAGUAAACACCAAAUAGGGAAUAGUGAGUGAGUGAGUGAGUGAGUGGACGGUUUCGAACACAGCUCUUGUUGUGAGCAGUUUCAUGUAGGAACUAUUUUCCUUCUUCCAGACUUCACCCGCCAACUGUAUCACUGCGCAGAAGGAAGCGUGAGUCUACCGCUGGCUCACCUAGCACCACUGAGCUAGCUAAUGUUACUGCUCAGCCAAGGAGGACGCCAUUAAUGUUUAUAUCAUGUGCUGUCACAAGCACGAGCCUCUUCUCCAUGAGCAGAUGCACACUUCCUUCUGCGCGGAGAUGCAGUUGGCAGGUGUUGUUGUUGAACUGUCCCUUUACAAUGAGUUCUUUCAAAGUAAUUCAUCUCCAAUCUGCAAAAUACGCAAACAUAUUUAUGCCGCUUUUGUUUUUGCUUUUAUAUUAACAUAACUUAAAAUACACUUAAUGUGAAACAAGAUGAGUCCACAGCUAUGCUACGGCUCUGAGGAUGUACUUUGAGCUAAAUGCUAACAUCAGCAUGCUAACUUUAUCACAGUGCCAAUGCUAACGUGCUGUUUUGCAGGUAUCAUGUUUACUGUUUCAGUUUAGCAUUUUAGCAUGCUAAUAUUAUGUAGCACAGAGCUCAGCUGAGGCAGAUGGUGACGACGGUAGUUUUGCAGAAACGUAAUGAUGGUGCUAGACGAGAAGUCAAGACCACUAAAGUUAUUACAGUCAUCCAGCAGAACAUGAAUGUCUGUGCGAAAUUUCAUGGCAAUCUAUCCAACAGUAGGGUGACCAUAUUUUGAUUUCCAAAAAAGAGGACACUCGGCCCGGCCACGACAUAGCCCACUUAAAUGAUACUCGCAGUUUACUCAAAGAUUCCUUAUCAUUUUAAUAUAUUUAAAAUUUAUAUGUAUGGAUAGAA